AUGGAGAAGAUCAAACUAGCUCUACUCCGAUGCAAUAACUUUAUCAAAACUCACACUUUUUGGCCCGGAAAGUCGGAUCAGAAUGAUCACGGGGAUGAUCGCUAUGCGGUCUGUAAGCUGUUAGCCAGCAAUAAUAUCACCAGCGUGAUCUGGCUCGAAGAUCUUCUUGCUUUGUAUGGUAGUAAAACUGCAGUUUGGGAUCUUCAUCUCUUGGUUGAAGACACUUGUGUGGCAGCAAAGGUUCUUCUCGAUAAUGGGUACAAAGAAACGACGCCAGACUGCAGUUUCGAAGACGAUCCAGAAUUUAGUGAGCGUGCCAUUCGACUUACUCACAACCAUUCUUCAACUAUCGUGAUGCUGCACGCCGCCAAAGAAUGGUAUUACCAAAUGGAUGAUAACGUACAAGACUUUCUCCCACCACUCUCCAGCUUCCUCGAUUCAAUGAUCGAAUUUUGGAUCAACAUAUCUGCUCAGGACUACGAUGAUCGGCUGCGUUUUGCUCUUUAUAUUGGCUGUUUGAUUGGUUACUGCUAUUACUUGCAGGAUGAAGAUGGCCAGCUGGUAAAAACUCAUACAUACGCCGAAAACCUCAAGCCAGAGCAUCGUGAGGUACAUUAUGAUAUUACGUUCGAGAGCCCCAACAAGAAAAGUUUUACGGCCACUAAUCGACAUACAUACCAUGUGAGACGGAGCAGAGAAAUCAGGGAAGGUGUUUUCGUACCAAAACCGUAUGAGGAGGGGGUAUUUAGAACAAAUUUGACGACAGUUUCGGAGCAAGAGUGA